AUGGUUCUGCUUUCAGAAUCAUCAUCAGACAUCAGUUCUCUGUCAUCAGAAUCACCUGAAGCGGACAACGAAUAUGACGACUCUAUUGCCCCAGAAGAGCCAGCUCUGCCGCCAUCUAAACGCCAGAAGCUCACUGGCGAUGACUCCCGAGCCUCAUCAGCAGUGCAUCUCGAACCUGAUGUGAUAGAAGAAGAGCAAAAUCUUUAUGGUGACAUAUCCUCUGACACAUCUGGUGACGUACCCAACUCGCCCAUCAACGCCAAAUUAGACGAAGAGGAGUUCCAGGAGCAGGUCACAGUAUGCGCCUGGGAUGGCUGUCAAGCAGGCGAUCUGGGAAACAUGGACAAACUCGUCGAGCACAUCCACAAUGAUCACAUUGAGAGCCGACAGAAGAAGUACACAUGCGAAUGGAAUGGUUGCGCGAGGAAGAGCUUGGGACACGCUAGCGGGUAUGCACUAAAGGCUCACAUGCGGAGCCACACGAGGGAGAAGCCUUUCUAUUGUUACUUGCCAGAAUGCGAUCGUGCCUUUACUAGGUCCGAUGCCCUUGCGAAACAUAUGCGGACGGUACAUGAAACCGAAGCCCUUCGUCCCUCCGAUCCCGUUCCUAAAUCCAUGCAGUCACAUGCUACUGGCGACAAAGGGCCUAAGGUCAAAAUCGUCUUUAAGACGACGCCACAAUCGCACGCAACCGGCCAAGAUGAUGGUGCUGAUGGUGGCGAUAGAAGCGAGGAGUUACGCCCUGAACAGAUGACGGCCCUGGCAGAGCAACAAGGCUUCACGACUGAGGAGCUGCAGAAGGACCCUGAAUCCCUGUGGAAAUUAUGUGUUGCCCACAUCAAAUGGGCGACAACUGUAGGCCAGGAGCUACGGCAGGAAUGCAAGGAGCUGGAGGAGGUGUACAGGCAGGAGUGGCUGGAGAAAGAGGUCUUGCUUGACCAGGUGAUUCAAGUUGAAGAAGACUGGUGGCAUCGCCGGAAAGCUGUUCUCGCAGGUGUAGCGGAUAUCCAUGUCAGCGAUGCAAUUAAUAGGAAGACAAGGAAGGGGAAGGGGAAGGCUGUUGAAGAAGGUGAUGGAGUCAUGUCUGAUUAG